AUGAAGGGAUCAAGUUCAAAAAAAGUAGAAGUAACAAGUGAUGAUGCCAAAAUUUAUAUCAAAGAAAUAAAGGAUGCAUUUCAAGAUGAGAAGCAUAAGUUCAACGAGUUUGUAAUGACUAUGAAAGAUAUCAAGAAAAAAAGAGCUGAAAUAGCGUGUAUGUUGGCAAGAGUGAAUGAAUUGUUUGAAGGGCAUGAUGAAUUGUUAUUGAAAUUUAAUACCUAUUUGGCAGACGAAUUUGAGUCUAUGCCCCCACCAAAGAAACCAGAAGUGAAUAUAGAAUAUGCUAGGAAAUAUUUGGAUAAGGUCAAGACUCGAUUUCAAGAUGAUCCUGACACUUACCAAUCAUUUCUAGCUAUACUGAAUAUGUAUAGAAAUAAAGAAAAGAGUAUUGAGGAGGUUUCACGAAUGGUUAUUUCACUUUUUAAAGACCAUCCUGAUCUUGUUGACGGAUUUAUUGAGUUUUUUCCAUGA